AUGCUCGUUGCGAGCGCGAGCACUGUCUCGGUCUUCCUUGCACUCGCCGCGAUUCUGCUCCUCCACCAGUGCUUGCUCAACGUUUGCCACCGCUGCAUGGGCGAGAGCGCCAGCAACGCGUCCAUAAACCUCGUCGCGGGUCUGGAAUUGGGCAUGGGAGUGCUGAUGGUGUUUGGAGUCGGCCGGCUCGAGAUCCACCACUACACCAGCUUGGGCGAGCAGAUCGAUCCAAAUUGGUGGCGGCGGUGGGAGGCGUGGGUGGCGUCCGAGCAGCUGAGGCGGGGCGCCGACAAUUCGAGCAGCGACGCCGCGUUGCCGUGGUGGGCUCGGACGCGGCCUGCGCGCGCAAACCGCUCACGAAAACAUUGGAAUGGCUCGCUCAAGCCGCUCACCCUCUGGCAGUGUGGCCAGGUCUUCAGCGGGCGAGCAGCGCCGCUCCGCUUCCGAGGGCUCGGCGCCGUCGGGCCGCUCGGCCGCACGCUGCAGGGCGGCGGGGUGAUCCUCUUCACGCACCUGCGGCGCACCUCCGGCUCCGUGCUCGAGGACUGCAUCUUGCUCCCCUCGCUGGCGGCCAUCGUCGGGCUCCGGAUGAACCGACCGCUGCGGGCAGGCCGCUUCACCGGCAACGCGGUGGGCAUCAACUGCUACGAGGGCGGCUUGGGCCGCUUUGGCUCUCCCUCGCUGCCGCGUCGCGAGCUGGUGCAGCUGCAGCAGUGGCUCGCGCACCCCCUCCUCGUCUACCGCCACUGCCCGCACGGCCUCCACGCGCACCUCCUCCCGCAGCGGCCGCACGCCUACCUCACCUUCCUGCGCGAGCCGGCGCAGCGCCUCAUCAGCUGGGCCCGCCUCUGCCUCGGCCUCCGCUCGCGCUGCCUGGGGAGGGAGGGGGAGAGCCUCGGCGGGGAGAUGGCAAGCCUCCGCGGCAUCUGCACGCCGCGGCCCGGCUCAAACUGCUCCCUCGUCCUCGCCUCUGGGGGGCACGUGGCGGUCGCCGUCGAGACGGCCUUCUACACGGCGCGAGACCGCGCCCUGGAGCAGCUCCCUCGCCGGCUGCCGGCUGCCAGCCUGCUUCAGCAAGAGUCGGCCACGCCGGGCGGCUCGAUACCCUCCCGGCUCGAGCUGCUCCUCGACGACAACUACGCGGUUCGGAUGCUGUGUGGUGGUGCGGUGCACGAGCAGGAGAGGCCGGUCGGCCUCGCCGGGCGCGACUGCGCCCUGCGCUCGCUGCAGCGGUACGCGCUGGUCGGCCUGGUGGAGGAGCAAGCCGCGUCCGUCUGCCUGCUGAUGCGCUCGCUCGGGCUGAGGCCGCAGGGCGCGCUGGAUGCGAGAGAGAUCCACACCUAUCCUGUGGCGCCGGACUUUGAACUCGCGCAUGGCAGCAAAUACGCGAUGGACCUGGCCUUGCACGAGGCGGCGGGAAGGCACCUCGCGAGGCAGCUGCGUGAUAGUCCCGAGUGCGCACAGCUCCGGGUGGGGGUUGCGCCGGGCACCCGGUGA